UGGACGUCUAGGUGGUGCGCUGAUUAUCGUACAGCUGGCACUCUCUAUGAAGUCUUCGUUAGCAACCGAUGUAAACAAACGGUUUCCAGGUAUCCUAUCCUUUGGGCAGGCCAGAGGCAAACACUGUGAAGGGGCUGUUACUAGAGCAUGUGUAGUGUAUCGCCUACGUGAUAACACCUUUAAAAUCAACUAGUUUAGUGUUAUAACGAAACUAUACAUAUAAGAAUACGGGAUGUGGAUUAUGGCUAGAUCCCCGCCAAAUCCACACGGGGAAGGAUAAUUUGAGACAGAGCAUUCGAGUGUUUUCUCCGAAUAGAAGGAGCCGCAAAUGGACGCCCCAGUGACAGCUUCGUCGCCCUCGAGGGCUCGUCACGCCCUAGGAACCCCAGGGAGUGACAAGUCACACCCCCACAGCGGUCCUGGGGAGAGGAUUAAGACGCCCCCAAAGGAAAGAUGGCGACUCCUCCUCGUUUCGUCAAGGGCGAGGCACGUAGGACCCGUGGCUCAAUCCAUCCUUCCGGGAGUCCUGUUGGUAACCUUCAAGUACGAGACGUCAACUCUGGAUCAUAUUCUUGGCCAAGUGUCAGCAGCUCUGGCAGGAAGGAAAGUGGAAUCCAUAGCCAUCGUCCUCCAUGGCUCCGAGGUCCAGCUUCAUCUCUGUGGACCGGGAGAGAAGGUCCUCAACACUCACACGUCCUCGGAGCAAGUCUCCGUCAGGGAGUUCUUCAGUACUCUGGUCAAGAAUCACAUCGAUCGGUCGUUCAUGAACGCCCGUCUCGAUUUCCUGGCCGCCCACCCCGCCCACAGCGAGCACGGGGCACAAAUAGCGUCUUCCUUGCACGCCCUUCUCGAUAUCCCCGUCACCCUAUCAAAGGACCUCGAGGGAUCGGACGUGGAAGUAACGAGGUGGGGACCGGAGGGGUCCGUCGCAGUAAAACUCGGGGACCUCUACUUCAACCCGAAGAAGCUCAAGGACGCCCUCAAGACGGCGGGCAAUGGCGUGAAGAAGAGGGUUAAGGAUAUUGAUAACGACUACGAGAAGAUUCGCACGGUUGGGAAAGGAGCCUUCGGAGCAGCCGUGCUCUACCGGAGGAAGGCAGACGACACCAUGGUCAUUAUUAAGGAGAUCAACAUGUUGGAACUCUCAGCCUCCGAGCGACAGAUGUCGUUGAACGAAAUCAACGUCUUAGCCAUGAUGGAUCACCCCAAUAUAGUUAGCUACAUGGACAGCUUCGAACGUGACACGGUCCUGUACAUUGAGAUGGAAUACGCCGAUGGAGGCAGCUUAGCCCAGUUUCUGACUCAGCAGGUAAAGAGAAUCGAAGAAAGGGAGAUCCUGGUGAUAUUUCACCAGAUAGUGGCAGCUCUUCGCUACAUACACGAGCACCACAUCUUACACAGAGAUCUUAAGACUGCGAAUAUAUUCCUGACGAAGGCGGGCGUGGUUAAAGUGGGCGACUUCGGUAUCAGCAAGAUGAUGAACACAAGGUCCGCCCACGCCCACACUGUGCUAGGAACUCCCUACUAUAUCAGUCCAGAAAUGUGUGAAGGAAAACAGUACGACGAGAAGAGUGACAUCUGGGCCUUGGGCUGUAUCCUGUACGAGAUGGCGUGUUUGCAGAAGACCUUUGAAGGGUCGAACUUGCCAGCUCUCGUGAACAAGAUCAUGAAGGGCCAAUUUGCUCCCAUCAAGGGUAACUACUCCCCGGGUUUCAAACAACUGGUUCGUGAUCUACUUCAGAGGGACCCAGAAUUCAGACCUACAGCUGCCGAGGUUCUUUCUGAGAGACUCCCAGAGCUGCUGGCGCAGUUCUCUUACGAUGCUCUUGGCGUAGACGAGAUCGACGAGGAGAUCAAGCAGUCUAUUGAGGCUGCUAGGCAAAGUCAGGCUUCCAGGUCAUCUCGACCUCCAAGGUCGGUCGUUUAUCACAUGAAGGUGUAUUCGUCAUCCAUCAGCCUGUCUCCCGUUCCGCUUCCGCCAAGGUUAAGGGUCAAAGAGAUGGCUGUCUCUAACACUCACGUGGUUAUCCUGACAUCCGAGUGCCUCGUCUACACGUGGGGUGAGGGCAAGAAAGGUCAGCUAGGUCACGAGAGCCUCGAGGCGUGGCGAGGCCGACCUACGGUCGUCGAGGCUCUGAAGGGGAAGGCUAUCACCCGCGUCUGCGCGGGAGACGGGUUCUCGAUUUUCGCCUCAGACAAUGGCAUCGUCAUGACCUGUGGUGACGGGACUUCGGGUUGCUUAGGUCAUGGUGACUGGAACAGCUCUACAAAGCCUAAGUUAAUAGAACGUCUUCUGAGUGUUGACGUCGGAGCCAUUAGCUGUGGCAGCCAGCACGUCGUGGUUGUCGGAGGGGAGGAGGGAGAUGUCUACACCUGGGGCAGGGGUGAAGGAGGUAGAUUGGGCACGGGGCAAGAGGAAGAUCUGUGUCUGCCGACGGAGAUCGAGAUUCCUGAAGAUGUCAUGGUAACGAACGUCAAGUGCGGAGGAGACGGAACCAUUCUCAUCACUGACCAAGGCGCCAUGUUGGCUUGUGGAAGGAACACCAGGAAUAAACUUGGACUGAAUGAAGGCGGUGGGCUCUUCAGCAUGAAGUUCAAGGAAGUCGAAAAAGCUGUCGUGGCCACGCGGGUUCGUAGCAUCGGAUGUCGCGUUGUGGAUGUGGCAAUGGGCCCUUCCCACACUGCUGUCUUGACAGAAACUGGACAGGUCUUGACUUUCGGCCGCAACUGCGAAGGGCAGCUCGGUAAGGGCAACACUCGAACGGUUAAUAACCACGUCCUCGUCAGGUGUAUGGCUAACAGGGUAGUGACGAUGGUUCAGUGUGGAUCGACUUUCACCGUUGCUGGCACUCUGGAGAAUGCCCUGUACCUCUGGGGCACGAGGGCUGUCAGUCCUGUGACUCGGCCUAAUACCCAGGAAGGGUUCACGAAUACAUGGGGCCAGCGAAGUGUCCUCGGGUCAGUUGCCGCGCUCCAAAACAAGGACAAGGACAAAGAUCCAGAAUUUCACUUUGGAGGAGACAGUCGGCGUGACAGCAACGUGAGCAAUGGCAGUUUAAAUAAUUCCCAAGAUUCCCAGAAGCAAUCUGCAGACGAAGCCCAGAGACACCAGAGGAGCAUCAACAUGCGUGAUGUCUUACUUCAGCCGAAGGAAAUUCUGGCUCUGUACGCGUCGCCAGCUCAAAUUGCCAAAGGCGAGACGGUCAACCUAGCCAGUCUCCAUUGCCAAAACCAGAGCAUCUUUCUCGUGGUUGACACGACGGUGCCCAUACCCAGGGUAGGAAGAAACCCGGCAUCGUCCCCUGCUGGUUUCGAAGAGGCAUCGGGCAUGCCGGGAAACAAAGCAGGCGCCAAGAAGGUAGACAAUUCGAAGGACAAGAAGGAUGACAAGAAGGACAAAGGCGAUAUACAUGACGAUGAUGAUGAUAAUGAAGAUUAUGAUGAUGAUGAGGAUGUUCUCGUGGACAGCAUGGGGCCGGUUCCUGAUUGGCUGAAGGCAGAACUGGACGAAGCGAACGCCAUCUACAUUGGAGGAAAAGGCGACAAGAAGAAGAAGAAAAAGAGGAAGAAGAAGCCGAACCACAAGCCGCCUACGGCUUCCCUCCCGCCGUCUCCUUCAGAGAAGAACGGUCCGGAUCCCGCCGGUAAACCCCGAUUCAGUAAGAGCCCCAACAACAACGACCAUUAUAAUUAUAUCGACAACUACUCCGGUGACAAACAAGUGCCCUCCCGAGACCCUGCUCGAUCGCCCUUCGUCCCCUCGCCUCGCCAAGGUCGAAAGAAGAGCAACGAGACGAAGAAAGAAGCUGAGAAAAUGAAGAAGGAAAACGGGAAGAAGGACGAAGUGAUCAAGAUGGCGCAGGAGAAGGAAGAAGCCCUGAACCAGGAAAUAGAAAAGCUAAGGUCGGAGCUUCUUCGUCAGCAGGAGAUGCAGCAAAGGAUCAUCAGUGAUAAGUUAAAUGAUAUAAAAACGGACAACCCAAAGGAAAAGGAUUCUGCAGUAUGUGGCAUCAUGUAGAGGCAUCCGGAAAUCUCUUAAAAAUAAAUAAAUUUUCCAAUGGAUUGCGAAGGAAGACUUUUAAAAUAUUUCUGGUGCAAGAUUCUAAGAAAAGAUGCUCUAUAAAGGAGUCUUUUCAGAGAUUACAAGGAAAGAAUUUGUCCUAAGGGAAAACUCUAAGGCAAUAUUCUGUUCACAGAACUCUAAUGGAAGAGUCUUUUCAGAUUUAUGGGUUUUCUGAGACCUUCAAGAAUUGCCCCCUGUCUAGAGAUCUGUAAGUGAAAACUCUAAUUAUCAAAGACGCUGUCUGCAGAACUCUCAGGGAAGAUUCUUGUCAUAAAUCUCCAAGAAAAAGUUGUGCCUGAUGAUCUCUUAAAAGAAAGCUAUGAGGUUAGUUACUGACCACAGAACUCGCAAGAAGGUUUCUCAGAGAUCUUAAAGAACCAAUUCAACACAAAGAUCUGUAAAGGAAAACUCUUAAGAAACACCUUGUCCACAGAAUUUUCAGAAAGGGGGAUUUUUAGAGAUCUUCAAGAAAUUAUUCUAUCCAGAGAUCUCUGAGGGAAAACUCUAAUGAAAAAUAUUGUUCGCAGAACUCUUUUAAUGGAGGGACUUAACAUUGACCUUCAAGAAAAGAUUCUAUCUUCAGAUCUCUCAGGGAAAACUCUAUCAAUGGAGAGACUUUUCAAAGAGCUUCAAGAGAAAGGUUCUUCCCAAAUAUCUACGAAGGAAAAGUCAAAGGAAACGUGCUGUCCACAGAACCGGCUUUUCAUCAGUCUUCAAGAAAAGGUUCACUGGAACUCUAGGGAAAAAUUACUGUCGACAGAGCUCAAGGCAGGUUUUCAGAGAUUGUCAAGGAAAGAUGUCGCUCAGAAUUAUCAGGACAAGAUUCAGGGAAAGAAAUCUGUUAAAAGGCCCCAAAUGAAGAAUGAUUAAAGAAUUUUUCCCGAAAUCUGUGUGGGAAAGCUCUAACUAAUAAUAGUGUCAAGAAAUUUUCGAGGAAUGGCCCCAAACAAAGUAUUCAUUAUCAUUAACUGGUCAUACUGUAUAGAUAUGUGAUCAGAUACUAUACGAAGAACUCCUCCGUUGGUUGGUCUGAAUGCAGUUUAUUUGUGCAUGGAACCUUUGAUGGUAUAAGGCUGACUUAUUAGUCUCUAAAGAGAUGUUGUUCAGUAAUAUGUAAGAAUAGAUGUUGUCCAGAAAUUCCCAAGCAAUGUUACCCCUAGGGGCUUUUUUUUUUUUUUUUUUUUUUUUUAUUCAGAUUCACAAAGAAAUGUCUAAAUCGCAAGAGUUUCAACUCUCAGUGAUAUCUUUUACCUUUAAGAAUAGAAAUACUGAGUGAACUACACAGUUUGAUAUCAGAGCUAUCCAGGAAUGCUUUAUUUUUCGACUUUUUAGAUAAGUGUAAUUAUUCUAGUGUAUGAUAUAUGAAAUUCAAAUCUCCGUACGAGAUGAACUAGUGACCUUGCCCGUCAACCGGUAUUAUAACUUUGUAAAUGACAUUAUAUAUAGGAUAUACAACUAGUGUAAGGGUGUAAUUAAUAACAGACUUCCACAAAAAUGAAGCAGAUUCUUAUAUAGAGUAGAAAUGGAUACGUUCUUGAGAUAUAUAUAUAUAUAUAUAUAUAUAUAUAUAUAUAUAUAUAUAUAUAUAUAUAUAUACAUAUAUAUACGAAGAAGUUCUGCCGAAUGCAAUGUAAGUAGAUCUCAUAUCAUUGUGAUAUCUUUAAUCCGUCCAUUGUUACUAU